AUGGAAACAAAGGAAGAAGCCAAAGUAAACACCACAAGCGAAAGCGAACCUGAAAUAAUACUUAAAGCAGCAGCAUUCCUCAAGGAAGGUACGGAACAAAGGGUAACAUUUGAUAGUGUUUCAAGAGUAAAACAGCAAGUGAAUUCGGAAAUAAAAAUUUUACAGAAUCUAGGAAACAAAGAGGAAACGUUUAACCUAAAAACAAAAUAUUAUAAAAUAUUUAAAGAAUUAACCGAAGGAGAACUAAGAUGGAUUACUGAAAUCGAAACUAUGAAAGUAUAUACCAAAGGAACAGAUACUAAUGGGUCAUACCACACGGAGAAUGGCAAGACAUGA